AUGGCCACCCGGUCCCAGGACCAGCGCCUAGUUUUUCAAGUGUCCAACGAGUUAGGCGUGCCCAACUCCGAGUCUCUUGCCAAUCAGUCCAGCACACCCGAUGGCCUGGUUAUCCCAGCCUUUGGAUGGCAUCCCUGGUUUUCGCACCAGCUGUACGACGACUCGGUCUCAAGCCCAACCUACCCCUCCGAUGAAGCAGGUGGCCCCGAGGAAAGAAAACAGAAGCACUACAGCGCCGUCCUCGCCCCCAGCACCAUCACGCCAGACUUCCUCGCCUCCCUGCCCACGCCGACACCAAUCUCCCAGUUCAUCUCCUCCACACGCAGCUUUCUGCAAUCUCACCCCAGCGCUCUCGUAGGCGAGAUCGGCCUCGACAAAGCCUUCCGCAUACCGCGGGAGUGGGAGGACUCGGACGCCGCCUCGAGAGACGAGACCCUCACCCCGGGAGGCAGGGAGGGCCGCCUCCUCAGCCCGCAUCGCGUCUCCAUGAGCCACCAGCAGGCCGUCCUGCGGGCCCAGCUCCAGCUCGCGGGCGAGAUGGGCCGCGCGGUCAGCGUCCACGGUGUUCAGGCCCACGGGGUGCUCCUCAGCACCGUGUCGGCCUGUUGGAAGGGCCACGAGCGCGAAGUCAUCUCUAGGAGGAAGCAGCGACUAGUAGCCCCCGGCGCGGAAGUGGACAGCGACGAGGAGAGCGAUGACGAGGCCUCCAGCUCCAGAAAGAAGAAGGAAAAGACUGCAUGGUCGAAACCCUUCCCGCCGAGAAUAUGUCUUCACUCGUUCAGCGCCGCGCCCGAGGUGCUCACGCAGUGGCUGCACCCGUCCAUCCCCGCCGACAUCUUCUUCUCCUUCUCCGAGGCGGUCAACCUGAGCACCGAGACGGCCAGCGCCAAGUCCAUACAGGUGAUUCGCGAGGUGCCGGAUAACAGACUACUAGUGGAGAGCGACCUGCAUGUCGCAGGGGAGCAGAUGGACGCGGCACUCGAGGCAAUGUACCGGAAAGUGUGCGAGAUCAAAGGCUGGAGUCUGGAGUAUGGAGUGGUGAGGGUAAGGAAGAACUUUGAAGCUUUCAUCUUUGGUUGA